AUGGAUGUGACAAACCAGACGACAGUAAGGGAGUUCAUCUUUCUUGGGUUUUCUGCUGUUCCCCAACUGCAGCUCACAUUUUUUGUCGUGUUUCUCAUUGUGUACCUACUCUCCCUCCUGGGAAAUACACUCAUCAUUUUCAUUGUUCUGAUGGAUUCCACACUCCAGACACCCAUGUACAUUUUCUUAGGAAACUUAUCCUUCCUGGAGAUCUGGUACACUACAGCCACCGUACCUAAACUUCUGGCUACCUGCCUUUCACAGGUUGUGACCAUCUCCAUUUCUGGUUGUAUAACCCAGUACUACUUCUUUUUCUCCAUGGGGGCUACUGAGUGCAUCCUGCUGGCAGUGAUGGCCUAUGACAGGUACCUGGCAAUAUGCAACCCUCUUCGCUACUCACUCCUCAUGAGUCUUCAGAUUUGCCUGUGGUUUUCAGCUGGAUCUUGGAUUGGAGGCUUCAUUGCCCCACUCCUACCUACCAUACUCGUCUCUUAUCUUAACUUUUGUGGCCCCCAGAAGAUCAAUCACUUCUUCUGUGACUCAGAUCCCAUUUUCAAACUGUCUUGCUCAGAUACAUUCUUGGUGGAGGCCUUGGGCUACACAAGUACCUCUGUCGUGAUUCUAAGUUCUUUCCUUCUCACUAUGUCCUCCUAUGGACACAUUGUGUUCACAAUAACCAGACUAUCUUCCCGGGAGGCUCAGAAGAAAACUUUUUCUACCUGUGCCUCCCACCUCACUGUGGUCUCUAUCUAUUAUGGCACCAUCAUCUUUGCCUAUGUUCACCCUCCAGCCAAGUACAACUUCACCAUCGGCAAAGUGGUGUCAGUAUUCUACUGUGUGGUCACCCCACUGGUAAAUCCCUUCAUCUACACACUGAGAAACAAAGAUGUGAAGAAAGCUUUCAGGACAACUCUAGCGCGAAAGAGAUUGCUCUGGGCCAGAAACAUGCACGAUUUUUAG